CCAUCUCUACCAAAGGGAAAAUAAUUUCUUUCACCAUUCUUUAUUUGUUCAUUAAUUCAGUGGGGCAGCAAAUAUGUCAUAUAGCUUAAUUGUCACAUGCUUAAUGUAGUAGAAUCCUAAUUUUGUAGGACUUGGCUUAGAUACCUACAGAUCUGAGUACUUCUAUACUCAUCAUCAUCACUACGCCUCUUCGUAACAGCUAAAUGUGGAGUAUAUAUAAAUUUGACCAAGAUAGGUGGUUAAUGCUUUUUCAUUUCUCAGUAAAAAUAACUAUUCUUACUAAAUAAAAACUGUUAAUGGAACCAACUUCUGUUACUAUAAAAAUACAGCUUUGCAGCUGUUUAGUCAGCAGUAAAUAUACUGUUACACUGCCUUCACCUGCUCACAGGGAAUUGGAUAACUUGCACUUACAUUAACCAUAUUUUAGACCAUUCUAGCACUUUCCAUCAACAUUUUAGCAUUUUAACGUAUUCUGUCAUCUUUCUGCAUGUACAGAAUCACAGACAUUGAGGAAUGAGGCGUUUGCAACUAACUUAACGAGUUUGCCUUUAAUAUUGUUACGCUGUGAGAAUGUUCGUCAGUACAACUAUGUGUCUCAAUUAUAUUAAUCUAUUCCUCAGACUUAAAAACAACUUAAUUAAAGCAACCAUUGAGCACAUGCAACCUUGUUUGAGAAAGUAUAUUUGUAAAGUAAAUGCUUCUCCCUGCCCCUGCAGAGCUCCAGUUGAUGAAAGAACUCAUCAGUAAGAAGGAAAAUGCCAUUUGUCACAUGACUUACACCAGUCACCAAAUGCUUCAGAUAAAAGGAACACCACAAAAAGCAAAUACACAGGUCUGCACUGCCACAUAAGUUUUUAUAUAAAAAUGUAAAGGGAAUUUUAAAUCUCAUUUUUAAAAAAAAAAAUCACUAUAUGAUCGUAAUCCCUAUUAACUUCCAAUCUGUUACUAGUAUAUUUUCUUAGCCGUAUGCCACGACAAUUAACUGGACAACCUAACUCCCCCUCAAUGUAAGUAUUUCCUUCGAUCAGACUCCUGACUUGCAUUCCUUACUUCAUCACUUCAUAUAGUUUUUGUCACUUUGCAUCUUUGUCUACUUUCUGAUAGAAGCAACUGUAGUCUGAACAUGUUGGUCUCGUUUUUUUUUCAGUGGUUUUAAGAUUACUUUCCUUCCUUCAGAGGAAAUGUAUCAACUGCACUAAUCCAACAUCAAGUGCACUAACACAUUGCAUCAGUCAGUCUCCUGAAGAACAAACACGAAAUGUAAUUCAUAUUGCUCCCCUGGUUACUGUUUUCAUUGUCAUAUCCAAUGGUAUGCUGGAUGGGAUACUGUUCAACUGGAAGUUUCACUAAAUUGCUAUUGAACACUAUUAAAACGUUCUAAUAGGUGUGACUUAUUCACCGGAAGAGUCAGUAAACAAAUGCAGUAUAAGUGACAGUAUGAAAAUAGAGUAACAGUAAUUAGCGAUGUGACUCCAUGAGUAAUAGGAAAAUUGCUUUGACCCAGUUGAUGACAGUAGCAACAAAAUCUAAAAAAAAAAAAAAAAAUAAACAAAUUAUCCCAAAUAAAUGGGUUUUCUGUUAUGACUUGUACAUUACCAAGACUUCUCAGGGUCAUUGACAACAUUGAUGAUGGCCAGAGAUCCUAUUUCACCAGUGUUGUAGCCCAUCUCUGUUGGGAAACGGAGUGGCAGCUGUGGUUCACUGUGCUGGUGAGACCCAUGCGCAGGGACAGCCAGCCUGGCUGGGAGCGCACGGAGCACAUCCUCUCAGAAGCUGCCUGGUGUUGACCAGCAGCAAGUCACGGUCACGCAGCAAGCCUCCAACAACUUCCGUCCCUUUGCAGAGUACAAGCUCUCGAGCUGGAAACCCUGUUUUCUUCUGGUUUGUCAAGUUCCUACCAUGAUCCUUUAGCUUCUUGAAGCAGAGUUAGCACAGAGUGGGCUGACCUACCAUUUCUGGUGUGCUGCACGUUGUUGCACCAAGGCAGAUCAGGUGUACAAAGGCAUAUCAAUAUCUUACCUUAAACUGAUGUGCUUCCACGUUUAUCCCACGCUACCCUAACUUCAGUGCCAACACAAACAUUUCAUAGAGCGCGGAUUAAUGAGAGCAUAACAAAAACAAAUCUGAUCUGUCUGUGCAUGCUUUUUGUCUUUUGAAAUCAGACCACAUAUGAUUCUCUACUUCUCUUCUGAUUAGAGAGUAACAAUAUAACGCAGAAAUCAGAGCAUUUUAAUGUGAAAGUAGAAUUGUCCGUCAGUAUACACAUGAAAAAACGUUUUAUUUCUUUGAUGAAAUACCAUUCAUUACAAAAAAAGCUACCAGCUGCUCUCCAAUAGUAAGAUGACAUGACCAAGAACAAGUUCUUGGAAAGUUCCAUUAAAAAAACUUUGUUUUUUUCUCUCCUUCCUUAUCCUAGCAGUGUAGGCCUCAAUGGGAUCCCCCCAAAAAAAGAAGAAACAAACCACACACACACACACAAAAAAAAAUCAAUACCCAAAAUUUCAGGGGUCCUGAUUGCUUGAACAACUGUCGGGAAAUACAGUGGUUUCAGUGCAAUAAUGAAAGAUCUGAUUAAAUACAUGGAACAUACGAGAAAGGAAAAAUGACGGAAAAGGAAGCAGUACUGUCUGUGUGUUGAGAGGGGCAAUGAAACCGUGAUUGUAAUAUGGCAACUAGUUGUAGGCUUUACAAAAUAAUACAAGAGUUGGAAUGGAAAAAAUGUGAAGAUUGUACAAUGUACAAAAAUAUUAGUCUAUCUUGGUUGAAGGAAGGUUAAAAAGUUACUUUGAUCAAGCUACAAAUGCCUGUAACCAGUUUAGGAGUUGGUUGUUCUUUAGUCCUCCAGGAAAAGUAGCAAUCGGGAGAUGAAGUUUGGCAAAUUCAGACUACGGGCACAGCGCAUGUGUUCAGCACCGGUUAUAAUUAACCCCUAGAAUAACUUACAACUCGGUUCACUGCUAUCUUAACUCUUUGUAUCUAGAUUAAAUUGUCUAGGAAGUGCUGUAAUUCAAAGAGAUAUGAUAGCUACCGGAGCAGGGAAGCAGCGGAGCGGAGGCCCCCUCGCCAGGGACCAGCAGACGACCCGCCGGCGGGUCCCCUGCGUGUGUCCCCUGCCCGAGUGACAGGUCCCGGCUCUCGGGCGGCAGCUCCUCCCUUCUGCCCAGAUGGACAGCGGAGCGCGGCCCUCAGCCCUGGCGCCGGGGGGACCUGACUCGGGGCAGAAAGCCGCCGCUUAUAGCCGCACGCAGCCGCCCCGGCUCACACCGACACAGCCCGCGCCCGCAGCCGGGCGCUGCCGCCGGAGCCCGCGCCCCCGCCCGCCGCUGCCCAUGGGACCCCGCCGCCCGCCGCUGCCCCUGCGCCCGCCGCUGCUGCUGCUGCUGCCGCUGCUGCUGGCGGCCGUUUAUAAAGGCACUUUUGGGGAAGCCCAUUUUAGAAAUCGAAGAGGCAUUCUUGAAUUAGCCGGAGCCAUUAGAUGUACUACAGGACGAUCUCCUUUUGCCUACCUACGUUACGGAUGCUACUGUGGUCUGGGAGGAAGAGGAUGGCCCAAGGACAGAGUAGACUGGUGCUGCUUUAACCAUGACUGCUGCUAUGGUAAGGCAGAACAAGCAGGUUGUCACCCAAAGAUCGAGAGUUACCACUGGGAAUGUGAAGACAACACGCCUGUCUGCGAAUCACUAGAAGACAAAUGUCAAAAAAUGGCAUGUGAAUGUGACCGUGAAGCUGCCAAAUGUUUUUCUAAAGCUCCCUAUCAUACAAAAUACCUUUUAUGGCCAGACUUUAUGUGUGGUGAGAUUCAGCCUUUGUGUAGGUAUUAGAUAUAUGACAUCAGUCUUUAUGGAAACUUUGUAUGUAUUUAAAUCUAAAAUGACUCUUUUUUUUUUUGGUCAUAGUAGCGAUAACAAAUGAUUUUCCACUUCAGCCUCUCCACGCCAGAAUGGCCAAAGUAAAUAUUUUUUCUCUUAUUUACCUUCUACAGUGCACAGAGUAAAAGCAAAUUCUUUAGUUCUGUGUAAGCUUUUAUUGACUAAAUAGGAAUUUGAGUUUAUCAGAUUAAAGAGUAACUGACAACAUUAAUUUUGUUUAAAUUCAGAUUCACAGAUUUUUCAGAUUUAUAUCAUUCACUGUGAACUUUUUACCCCCCCUCCACUGGCUGCAAGAUACAAAUCCAACUUUUCCACUAACAUUUACCUUAACAUUUGUUAACUUUGAACUGAACAGAAGUAACGCAUGAAGUGACAGUGUCAGCACAAAGAGCUCUCUCAUCUAUAUUAAACUUAUUAUGAAGCCUAAUUUAACUUUUGCAUCUCAUUCACCUUAAGUAGUCCUACCUGUAUUAAAAAAUGGCUAAUUCUUUUUUAUUUUUCCUUUCUUACUUUUUAAAUACAGUUUUCUAGAGAAGUUGUUGAUUUGAUAUGGCUCAAGCUCCUUACUUUAUGUACACCUUGAACUUCCUGUGGGCACAGGGACAAAUUCUACCCUUAAAACUUCAGAGCCAGAUUUGAAAGUGCAAACGCAAACCAUCACCAAGACAGAAACAUGAAAAAAGUAGCAGUCACUGGGGACUGACUGCCUUUCCCAUAAGUUUCUGGUCUUGGACAGCAUAAGUUUGCAGAGUUCUGAAGUGUAUAUAUACGUCCUAAGGAUGUAAAGAUGGUUUUAGCUAGGGUCACUUCAUAGUUUUUUGAAAUCUUUUAGGAAGAGGUAUCAGUAACAUGAAUUGCUGAGUAAUAUACUUUUUCAUAACUGCUAAUUUUAGCAGUUUAAGAA